UAUAAAAUAGUUCCACAUUUGAUACAGUUUUAAACCGUUUCAAAACCAAAAAAGUACCCGUUCCUGAAUGGCCUUUUUGGUGUAGUGACAACCAUAUCUACCAGAUGACCCAAAAGUCUAGCUAGUCUAUCCAUCAGGUGGGCCACCUUAGAAAACUACAAUACACCAAAAAAAAAAAAAAAAACCUCCAGACCUGUAGCCCAUGUGAUGAUUGGAACCGACUUGACUUUCGGGUCAAGCUGAUCAUCAUGGCAGGGCUCACCAGAUACGCUUGUCAGAAGGCAUACAAACAACACAGUCGGCCCCAUAGUAAGAUGAAUAACUUCCAUGCAUGAUGUGAACCAAGUUUCCAGGCACGUGAAUAACUUUUCCGUGCAGUUGAAUAAGUGUUGCAGAAAUGGGCCUCACAUAGCGUGUAUCACGGGGACGUGGUUUGGAUGGUGACCUGGACACCAACUAGCUAGCCGGUGUCAAAGCUGUGAGCCCUACCAUGAUGUAUGGUGUUUUAUCCAUGCAAUCCAUCCAUUUUGCAUGAGCCCAAAAAUAGGCAGAUCCAAACCUCAAAUGGACCAUACCACAUGAAAUACCCAAUUAUGGGGCUACUGCCAGAAGCUCAGAAAAUGAAUGCAAUUGAGGUGUAUAAGAUCUCUAGGGCCAUGUUCUUGGUGGCGCUCUUCGCCACUGUCCCGGGCGACUGGUUUACUGUCUUCCUUAUUGAUCAGAUUGGACAGUUUGCGAUCCAGAUUGGCGGGUUUCUCAUGAUGUCCAUUUUCAUGGCAGUUGUUGGAUUCCAGUACAGUGAGGUAAGGGGCAAUUCUUGCGACGGACAAUCCCUGUCGGGAUUUUGCGAAGAAAACAUAUUCCAGUUCAUGGUGUUCUAUGGGCUUACCUUCUUCUUUGCGAAUUUUGGGCCUCACAGCACAACAUUCAUCCUGCUGGCUGAGCUGUUCCUGGCGAGGCUCUGGUCCACCUGUCAUGGGAUAUCGGCAACUGCUGGGAAGGCGAGGGCCAUUAUCAGUGCCUUCGUCGUCUAG